AUGGUGACCCGGGAUCGAGCAGAGAACAGAGAUAGUCCCAAGAUGCUGAAACCGCUAGUGGAGAAGCGGCGCCGGGAUCGUAUCAAUCGGAGCCUAGAGGAGCUUAGGCUGCUGUUGCUGGAGAGGACCCGGGACCAGAACCUCCGGAACCCGAAAGUGGAGAAGGCUGAGAUCCUGGAAUUCGCCGUAGGCUACUUGAGGGACCGGAGCCGGGCCGAGCCCCCGGCAUCCCCGGCUCCAGGCGACCCCCGAUCCCUCACCCAGGACUCCGAGGCGCUGACCAGCUGCUACCUGUCCGGCUUCCGCGAGUGCCUCCUCCGUCUGGCAGCCUACGUCCACGAAGCCAACCCGGCAUCGCGAGCCCAGCUCCUCUCCACCCUUCACAGCUACCUGCGGCCCAAGCUGAGCCGGCCGGAGCCCGGCGCUGGGGAGCCCCGCUGCCCGCCCCCUCGCCCCACGUUGGACCCCGCCGCCCUGCCGCCAGGCUCGAUGCCGACCCCCGCCCACCAUCACCCUCCCCUGCCCCCCACCAGCCCCCGCUCCGCCUGGUCGCAGACGCUCAGCACAACCUGGCCGAGGAACCUGGGCUCACGGGCGCCGCACACGGGACUCCGCCCUCCACAGAGACAAGAGAGGGCGCCGCCGGGGGGCAAGUCCCCGCCUGCCCCACCGCCCGCCUUCUGGAGACCUUGGCCUUGA